AUGACCUAUCAUCAUGUCACCGUCAAGGAAAGUGACCUGGGCAUCAAACACCAGCUAACCCUCGUCAAUGCAUGGCUGGUUAAUCUAUACCUGAACCGGAUUCCCCAAUGUUCGUCUAUCACCAGGAAGGGGCUGAGAUGCAGACGGGACGCCAAGAUUCAAGGACAAGCUCCGAAGUGCACCCAGCAUCGAUUCCUAAAGAGGAACCCACGACUAAGCCUGAGGACGCCGCAGGCAAUCGGCAAGGAGAGGGCCAUUGUCACAGUGGGCACAAUCAAUAAAUGGUUCGAUGAAUUUGAAUCGUAUCUUAAGGAAGUGAACGCCAUGAGCAUCCUCACCGAACCGAACAGGAUGUUCAACUGCGACGAGAGCGGCUUUGCAUUGGGGGGGGGGGGGAAAGCGGGAAAGCGAGUCCUGGCAGAGAAGGGAAGUAAGGUAGUACAUGUCGUUAAGUCAUCUGAUAAGAGCCAGGUCACAGUUCUGGCUACUGUGAGCGCGACAGGAACCUUCCCUCCUCCCCUCAUAGUGUUGCCUGGCAUAAGGGCAGAGUACCAUUACGGCCACAUGGUGGGAGCACCGAAGGGGGCAUUCUUUGGAAGAACCGAAAGCGGAUGGAUGGACUCGAAGACAUUUCUUGGCUUCGUGACUAAUUUGUUCCAUCCGUUUUUGGUUCGAAACAAGAUUCCCCUGCCGGUGCUCCUGCUUGUUGAUGGGCACUCAACGCACCAAAGUCUGGAGGUAGCAAGAUUUUGCCAUGAAAAUGGAAUCAUCCUAUAUCGUUUGCCGCCUCAUGCUACGCAUCUCCUUCAGCCUUGUGACGUCUCCGUUUUCAGGUCACUGAAGGCGGAGUGGUACAAGGCUGAGAGGCAGUAUCGCAUUGACCAUCCGGGCAACUUUUUGACAAAACGCCUCUUUGCCUCGGUAUUUAGAGAGGCUUGGGAAAAAGUAGCUGCGAAACCAUCGCUAGGGGUCAAUGGUUUCAAGGCUGCUGGCCUGUACCCCUUUACGAAGGAGUACAAGACCGCCCAUCUGUUGCCAUCCACUUUGUAUAACCUGGCCAGUUAUAGUACUACAAGGGACGAUCCUAGUACAAGUUUUAGUGACUCAGGGACCCCAGCAUCUCAUCUCGAUGAUAGGGACAAUCCUAGUUCAAGUUCUAGAGGCCAAGGGACCCCAGCAUCUAAUCUCGAUGAUAGGGACAAUCCUAGUUCAAGUUCUAGUGGCCAAGGGACCCCAGCAUCUAAUCUCGAUGAUAGGGACAAUCCUAGUUCAAGUUCUAGUAGGCAAGGGACCCCUUCAUCUAAUCUCGAUGAUAGGGACAAUCCUAGAGAUGCAGUAUAUGAUGAACAGAAAACGUCCUUCCUCGAGUUGGAAAGCCAUCGCCUGCAAAUUAACAAACUGCAGAACGAGGUGGAUAAGCUCAAGGUGACUUUAGAGCAGAGGGAGGUGGACAAUGCAGCCCUUGGAGCAGAAGUUACAAGGCUCAAGAUGUUCAUCGCAGAUCAUUGCGCAGACAAGACACCGAUUCCUGCAAUAGUACAGGCAGUAAAGGAUAAAAUUAAUCCACAUGUGCUCAUCAGCAAACAAUUCAAGCUAGAAGAAAUGGACCAGAGGCUGCGCAUGGACAACCUGGGAGUAAGUGGUCUGUCAGAGCCACAGGGAGAAGAGGAGGAGUCAGCUUACUGA